AUGGAUAAAUAUUUAAAUAAUGGUUUUAAUUUUAAAACCUAUAAAAAAAGAAAUGUUAUAAUAAAAUAUAUAAAAAAUCAUUAUUAUUUAAAUUAUUUUUAUAAACAAAUAAAAUUCUAUUUUAAAAACAAUCAAGGCAAAGAAGUAUUAACAUCAAUUGGUAUACAGUUAAUAUUUUUAGCGAUAGUAAUAGGAAUUAUAGCGCCGAUAACCAUUGUAAUCUAUAAUAACGAACCAAGAAAAUAUUUAGACGACUCAAUUGUAAUUAAUAAUAUAGACACUUUAACAUUCGACCCAAGAAACAUGACAACCUUUGAUACAAUGUUAGAAAAACCAAAUAUAUUUUUAAAUCCACAUACACAUACAACUUAUUCAGAUGGUUCACUAUCACCAGAGUUAGCAAUACAAUGGCAUAUUGCCAAUGGUUAUAAUGUAAUGUUUAUGACUGAGCAUAAUAGAAUAAAUGGAGGUCUCGAAGGCGAAAGAAUUGCCAAAGAGAAAUACAGCGAUAAAAUAAUAGUAAUACCAGGCGUAGAAUGGACAAACUGCAGAUGUCAUUUAGGUUUAAUAGGUAUAAGAGAAAAUGUCCCAAGCAUCAAAUGGCCUACAAAUAACGAAAUUAAAGAUUUAAUUGAAUGGGUGCAUUCGAAAGGUGGCUUUGUAAUUUUAAACCACAUACCAUGGAGUUUUUGGGCAGAAUUGGAUCAACCAUCAAUAGAAGAAUGGAUAGAAAUGGGUAUAGAUUUUCUCGAAGUAGUUAAUGAAAAUGUUAUCGAUUAUCAAGGUAUUAUCUACAGCAAACAGCACAAUCUACGUUAUGUUACUGGUAUAGAUUUACAUUUGAUCCAAAGAGCCGAUUCAUGGACAGUUUUUAAUAUUCCAGAAGCCAAACAAUUACAACCAACCGAUUUAAUAUCAAGUGUAGCACCAACAUUAACCGAAGAAUUAGUAAUGUCAACACUCAAAAACAAAAGUACUCAAUUAUCUUUCAUAUUUGAUGCCAAAGGUUCGAUUAUUAAAGCUUCAAAAUCAAAAGACUCACCAAUCACUGCAACAUACAACUUUUUUUCACCAUUUGUAUAUGUUGGCGGUUUUUUCCAUGCAUUUUUCCAAUUAGAAAGAGGAAUGUAUAGCUUUGUAGAUGGCUCAUGUACCGAUGUAAAAGUAGUUAUUUAUGGUAAACAAAUUGUAGCACUUGUAUUUUGGAUAUUGGUAUUUUUUGCCCUCAUAAAAACAGCAUACAAAUUUUUUAAACAAAUUAGUUAUAAAAUUUUAGGAAUAGUAAAAAAUCAAAGAAAGAAGGAUGAUUAUGAAAAACUAUUAUAUGACAAUAACAAUAGUGGUAGCACUAGCAAUAACAAUGAAAGUAUCAAUAACAAUGUAAGCAGCGUCAAUAACAUCAAUACCAAUAAUAUUAAUAAUAAUGAAAUUCAAAUGAAUAGCUUCACAAACUACCAAUAA